CGAAUAUACAUAUUUAAACAAACUUUUAAGUGAUGACAGUGUUUUAAAUUAAAUUAAUUUAUUAUUUUAAAUUUUAGAAGUGUAAAUUAUUGACGAAAAAAAUGUGGAAAAGUUUGGUGUUUCUUGUGUCCGUUUUGAUUUGGAGUUUUGUGUCAUCACAAGAAUGCACAACUCCAACUGGUAGCCGAAGUAAUUGCGUCUCCCUCUACGAGUGUCAGCCCCUCUUCAAUGCCUUCGAACAGCGUCCACUGCCCCCUCAUGUGGUCAGCUACCUCAGGAGAUCACAAUGUGGCUUCGAAGGUUACGUACCCAGGGUCUGCUGUGGCCCCCUACCACUGGAGCAGGAGGCAACAUCACAAAGGCCUACGCCACGGCCGACCCAACCAUCACAAGGCACACAAGGAAGCAGUGAGGUGUACUCCGAAGAUUCUUCACCAGCUCCAAGGAACCAGUGUGGAAUUGACACAACGGGAGACAGAGUUUAUGGAGGGACUAUCACAGACUUGGACGAAUUUCCCUGGAUGGCGCUGUUGGGUUACAGAACAAGUAAAGGAACAACUUCCUACCAAUGUGGUGGUGUUCUGAUCAACCAUCGGUACGUGCUGACAGCUGCUCACUGCAUCACAGGAGCUAUAGAACAGGCCGUCGGAACUUUAACAACCGUUCGCCUAGGAGAAUAUGAUACUCAACAAGAUGUGGAUUGUAUUGACUCGGUUUGCGCUGACCGUCCCCAAGAGAUUCGAGUGGCUUCUGCCUACCCACACCCAGGCUACUCUGACAAGAACAAGAACAGGCGUGAUGAUAUCGGCAUUGUGAGGUUGGCUAACAGAGCUGCUUAUACAUACUACGUCCAGCCAAUCUGUCUGGUAGAAAACCGAGCGCGGUUGGACGCCGGCAGCGAUGUUUACGUAGCUGGAUGGGGAAAAACCCUAAAUGGUCGCAACAGCCCCAUAAAACUGAAGCUUGGUCUCCCAAUAUUCAACAAGGAAGAAUGUGACGACAAAUACAAAAGACUUGGUGCUAUCCUUAGUGACACCCAGAUCUGUGCCGGAGGAGUGUUCGCAGAGGACGCCUGCAGAGGGGACUCCGGUGGUCCUCUGAUGAAGAGGACUCCAAACGGAAUUUGGGAGGCUGUCGGUGUCGUUUCCUUCGGAUAUGGAUGUGGCAGGGAUGGCUGGCCAGGAGUCUAUACCUCCGUUGCUAAAUAUAUAGACUGGAUCCAAAACACAAUUGCAUCGUCCAAUGUUUAAUGCCAUUAUAACUAGUCUACAUCUUGGAUGCUCUGAAAUUCAAAGUCUCACUCAAAGUUUCGGAACCAUCCAAUGUUUUCGUGUCAUGUGAUGUAAUUCGUUUUUAAUAUUAGUGAAAUACAAUUUUUUUUAAGGU